AUGAGGGGAGACGCUCCACAGCGAGGCAUGAAGACCACAUGUCUGUGGGCUGCUGCCGCCGUGCUGCUGCUGUCAGUCAUCUCUCUGGUCACCAGUGCGGAUUCACCACCAGACCUGAGAGAGAGCUCAAAAUCCAAAGUAAAGACGUACUGGACUGAAAGCAGCAAAGCCUUUUCCAUCAGCCGCCUGCUGUCCCAAACCCUCUACGGCAAAGAGAACUUCACCUCUCUGGACCUGAACUACGACGAGGCGGACUCUUACUCUAAACAGGAGCAGUGGAACUGGCUUUACAACACGUCCAACGCCCGUGACCCUCGAUCAAGAACAAAAAGAAGACCCAUCGUCAAGACGGGGAAGUUUAAGAAGAUGUUUGGUUGGGGCGACUUCCACUCCAACAUCAAGACCGUGAAGCUGAACCUGCUCAUCACCGGGAAAAUCGUGGAUCACGGCAACGGCACGUUCAGCGUCUACUUCCGACACAACUCAACCGGUCAGGGCAACGUUUCCGUGGGACUCGUUCCUCCGACCAAGGCCGUGGAGUUCCAGGUCCACCAGCAGCACCAGCAGUUCCACCAUCAUCACCAGCAGCACCAGCAGCAGCAGCAGCAGACGGCCCUGGAGACCAAAGACACCAAGCUGUUCAACUGCAGGGUGGAGUACGAGAAGGUGGAGAAGGGCACCAGGAACUCACUGUGUGCCCACGACCCGUCGCAGAGCUGCCCGCAGGAGCAGACGCAGAGCCACGUGUCCUGGCUGUGCUCCAAACCCUUCAAAGUCAUCUGCAUCUUCAUCACCUUCUACAGCACCGACUACAAGCUGGUGCAGAAGGUGUGUCCGGACUACAACUACCACAGUGACACCCCGUACCUCCCCACCGGGUGA